GUUAAUUAAGUAAUAAAGUUGUUGAAUUCAACUCAACUAUACAAACCGCCACGGUACCUUACCGACACACGCCCUUUCCCUCCUCUCUGAUCUCAUAUUCUUUUCUUUUCUCUCCGACUUCAUCAAUCAAACAGAAAUGAGAAAACGCACCGCUUAUUCUCUGGCUGUAGCUCUCGUUUGUUUCAUAGUACUCAUGAUUCUAACCCCAUCCAUUCCUCAGUCCCAAGAUUAUCACAAUUUCGCCGAUCAACGCACCUUUUUCGGUAUUCCCAAUGCACUUGAUGUGAUUUCCAAUUUCCCUUUUCUCAUUAUUGGUCUCAUUGGACUUGUACUUUGUCAUCAUGGAAAUUAUUUUAAGCUCAGUUUGCAAGGUGAACUUUGGGGUUGGACAUGUUUCUAUGUUGGUGUGGCUGCUGUUGCGGUUGGAUCUUCAUAUUAUCAUCUCAAGCCAGAUGAUGCUAGACUUGUGUGGGACAGGUUACCUAUGACUGUUGCUUUUACGUCGAUCAUUGCGAUAUUCAUCAUUGAGAGGAUUGAUGAGAGGAAAGGAAUGAUUUCAAUUAUACCUCUAGUUUUGGCGGGUGUUAUUAGUAUCAUGUAUUGGAGGUUCUUUGAUGACCUCCGUCCGUAUGCUUUGGUCCAAUUUGUACCAAUCAUUGCAAUUCCAGUCAUGGCUAUUUUGUUGCCGCCAAUGUACACUCAUUCAACUUAUUGGCUAUGGGCUGCAGGAUUUUAUCUUCUAGCUAAGGUGUUAGAGGCCACCGAUGACGUCGUCUACAAAUGGACUAAUCAUAUUGUUAGCGGUCAUACACUCAAGCACUUGUUUGCAGCAAUGGUUCCCGUAUUCUUGACAUUAAUGCUUGCAAAGAGGAGCGAGGAACCAGAGAGGCGAAGUUUGUUUACAAUAUGGAAGAUUUCCUGGACAAAGGCCAACGACGACGACUCAAAUGUCGAGAGCUACACUUACUCAAGGGUGCAGGUUGAAGAGCCACAGUAAUGACUGUCUACUUUCCCAUCGAACACAGAAGAAACGCUUAUACUGGAUUAUCACAGAAUAUCUGUAACUCUUGAUCAUGGACCAAGUAAAACAAACCACAGUAAGCUAACUUUUGUACAACAUUAACUGUAAUUAGCUUAUAGUUUGUAUAGGUCCUAAUCCCUAUCACUUGUCAAAGAUCAUUUCAGAUCUGAAAGUGCUGUCUAGUUCAAUAAUGAUAUUUGUCCACCUGCUUCACACGCUGGAAGUGUUUGUUGGCGCGAGAAGUUGUCCCAACUAUUUAAUUGAUAUAUUAGAUUGUGUUUACAGAA